AUGUCUUCCGAAUUUGAUGAGGUUGGUCGACUUUUUAUUUUCAAAGCGAACUUUGAAGGAAAAUGCGGGCUCUGAAAUUGAUACUUGGAUUUAUUUUCUGAGGUCUCUAGAGUGGCUACUUCUAAUGUUCAAAUUUUUCUUUCUGUUUUAAAGUUGAGAAGGUUUCUCAAGUAAAGUGUGUCCUCACCGGUCAACAUUCGAAAACUUGAAGGCUGGCUAUAAUACUUUGCAGUUCAAAAGUGGCUUUUUAAGAGCUCCUCUAAGAGCCCUAGAGCGGCUACUUCGGAUAUUUAGUCUGUAUUUGUUUCGGUUGAAAAGAUCUCUCAAGAAUAAUCAUCGGUCAACAACAAUUUGAAUCCUGACUAUAAUAUUUUGAAAGUCAAAAAGGCCUUUUCAAAUUAUACUUUAAGAACUCUAAAGUGACUUUCUAGGCUAAUUUUUUUUCAACUUUGUAGAGAUUUCGCUUUCCAUAUUCUGUAUCAAGAUUUGAUACACAUUAUUUUUGAGUUAUCGAGUUUUCGAAGAUUCUGCAGCUUUUCAAUGACCACUGGAGGGGCUACUUGCAGUUUUCAGUUUUUUUUUCGAAAAAAAACUUUCUGAAGAGAAAAGCUUGAAAGUUUCAGUAACUUUUCCUAACUCUUCGAAAUAAGAACGUCCAAGGCUUGAACAUCCAUUCAUUUGGCGGCAAUUCCUGGGGCCGGCCGUCGAUUUGGCAGGUUUGCCAAUUGGUCUCGACGGACGGACGGCCGAGAACACGCAUGAUUGAAUCAGGGCCGGCAAGGAGGAGGAGGACGCCAGCCGGCUGGCUGGACCGCCGCACUUCUUCUCUCCCGGCCAGGCUUCGACCUCCUUUGUCUCCUUCCGCCAGAGGAAGACCGAUUUAUUUCCGAUUUUUCCUUUCUUUUCGCAAACUUCCGAACCAUCAGAUUUAAUGAUUUUCAAUAAGAAGUGGUUUUUGAAACUUUUUUCUGAGAUCUGUAAAAGGAUUAUUUCCAAAAGCUGAGUCUUUCCCAGUCGAGCUUCCAUCACCUUUUUUUUCUUCCUUGUGUUCUUCCUGCGAAGCAGAACCUAUUAGUUUUCGACUUUUUUUCUAUCUGCAAUUUAUGAUCUUCGUCAGGAUUACUGAUUUUCAACGAUCAAAAUGGAGAAGUUUUUGAAGAGUUUUGAUAAGUCGAAUUCAAAAAAAUGUUUGAAAAAAUCUUGAAGACCAAAAAGUUGCAGAUAGUGAAGAAAAUGCCAGGCCCUUUUUUCAAUUUCAAUUUUUUUUUUUUCUUAUCGAAGUGUCUGGAACUAUAGGCUGAAACUUACCUGAAGUUCUACAAAAUCUGUGAAAUCCCGGAAACAUUUAUUAAUUUCAGAACGAAAAAAGAAGAAUGGAUCAAAAAUCUUAGGAAGUUUUAAUAUUUGCUUUCUGUUUCUUGACGUGCUAUAUUUCUGGUAGGCUUCUCGACCUUCCCACAUUUAUAUAAAGCCGCUGACGUCACUGAAGGAAUUUUCAAAUGCCAAAAAGCGCGCCAAAAUGUCAGUUUCGUGCAUAAGAAACGAGGCAGAAGCUGAACUUUCGGGGUGGCCCAAGGGACACACUCACACACGUCCAUACAUUCAUCCAAUCGUUUAUUAUGCCCAUUCACACGCUCGAGCAAGUGUCCCCCCAGCUGGCUCCGCCCACUUCUUUUUGUGUGCUCCGAGGCCAAAUCUACGCUCCAGGGGGUCAAAAAUAUAGCAACUUUCAGCGUUUCUUCAUGGCGGUUUAUUUUUAAUUCUUUUCAAUUUUUUUGAUUUUUCAUCUUUUGGAAGUUUCACCAAGGUUUUUGUUUGAAAUGGAAAAUUACGUUCACAAAAUAAUUAAUUCGCAUCGGUACCAAGUUUUUUUAUUUAUUUGUUCGACAAUUGGAAAAAUAUAUAUAUUAAAUGUUUCUUGAAAAAAAUUGAGAACAAAGCGAAUAUCAGUCGAAAAUUAAAUUUCUUUAAUGCCGUGUUCAAAGUAAUUUCCGCGAAAUGCAAAAUGAUCUCUGACUCUCCAAAAAUUUAGUGAUCUUUUUCCUUUCUUUUGACAGCUAUUUUGAAUUUCGCGGAAAUUACUUUUGAACACGGCAUAAAGCUUCAAAUAUUAUAUUAUUAAACUUUAAAUAUAACGUUUUGAAGCUUCAUACUCCGAUGAUUAAAUAAUUUUUUUGAACUUGUAUUCUUUAUCUUAAGUAUCCACAAAUUUUCAUAAGAAUUGAAACAACUUGAUUGAAGUUUAAACUUUUAUUAUUCGCCCUAUAAGAAAUUCUGCUCCAGUGACAAAAAUCCUGCUUUUUUUCAUUCUUUUUCUUUUUACAUGAAAUUGCAAUUUAAUUAUAUUUCGUUCAUGUUCAAUAUGUCUUCCAAGCUUGAAAGAAUGAGUUUAAUAUUAUCUUUUUUUCCCUUGCUAGCUUUGAAAGCGCAGAAACCAAUUAUUUUAUUCAUUUUUUUGACAUAUUUGCGUCGCGCUAUCGUUUUAUUGUUUUUUUGUCGAGUUGAAAAAUUAAUUGAAGUUACGCAUGUUGAAGAAAUCAAGAUUCUUUUGGAUAUUGUGUAUUUGUAUUCUAAAAAAAAAGUAGAGUUUCCCUUUUUUGUUUCGAUUUUAACCUAAGAAUUUGUUUUACCAGUUGUUUCAAAAGUUCAAAGUGUCGAAAGUUUUUAAAUUUUGCCUGUUUUUCUAUGUUCACCUUUUUUUCCAAGUAAUUUCAGCAUUUUUCUUUGCAUUUGUAACUUUAACAAACCUAUUUCUUUUAAUAUUUCUCUUUCAACUCCAACCAAUUGUUGCCUUUCGAAAGAAAGGCAGCGUUUAUUUUCAGGCCUAGGGGGAUUAGUUUCAGUUUUGUUAAGGGAAUGGAUUAGGAGGUUCAGUUUGAAGAAAAUAGAUUGCACUGGACAAUUUAUUUUUCGAAAAUAAAACAAUUCUAUGAAAUAAGCUGUACAAUUUUCAAAUGUACUCAUCAAGCUUGAAAAAAAAAAGUUUGGAAAAAAGAAACAGAAGAAUCUUUAAAAGUUUAAACUUUGUUUAAACUAGUUUAAGACUAUAAUCAUGAUACAAAACCAACUCAAUUCCUAUAAGUCAAUUUCAUUCAUUUCAAGUUUUUAUUCUCCAUUCCGCAAUCUGCACGACAAAUACAAAAAAUAAUACAUCAAAACAAUCAAAUAAAUCUAACAGCUGAUCUGUGGAAACGGCUUUGAGUAAAGUUCCAUGGUCUUAAUCAUAUUACAUAGCCUUUUUUACAUUUUUUUUUUUUGAGCUUGUUCACUAAAAUACUACCAACCAGACAGUUCAUGCUAGGAGCCAUACCAAACGCACCUUAAAAUUUUUAAAAGCACAUUAUGAACGUCUUUGAAGCUCUCCAAAGCAAUGUGAACCAUCCGGAAUGCAAAUCAAGGCUUUUUCUCCCAAAAAAUCCAUUGAAAGCCUAUGAAUUUCGGCAAAGUAUCUUAGAAAAAGAAGAAAGAUGGCGUGCAAUUAGGGGCCGGGUUCUGACCGGCCUUCGUCUAAAAAGGCGAAGACGCGUUCGAGCAAACGGAUGAAUAGAAUGGAGAAGGCGAUGAGAAACUCCUUGGGGGAUUUUCGGCCCUGUUCCUUCGUCCCGUUUCCUGCUUUCUUCCCUCCUUUCCGUUUUCCAUACCCAUAUUUAUGGGUGGAUCCUGACUUCUUGGAGUUUUUAUCAAGAUUUUGUUAGGUUUUGAAGCUACUAACUUUGUCUUUCGACCUCUCAUAGUUUUUCGAGUGUUUUCCACGUUUUGGAAGCUUCUAGCUCGAAAUUUUUGUAAAUUCAUGCUUUAAGCAGAUUUCAUCGAUAUUUUUCGUGGUUUUUAGAUUUUUUUUUUCUACCUUUUCCAGAAACCUGAGCUUCCUCGAUUUUUAGCAUGAUUUCUGCAGUUUCGAAGAACUUUAGUAGAUUUAGACUUGUUUUUCUGACUUUUACUUAUAGGUGACGUUUCAGAAGAAUUUGACUUGAAUACUUGAGAUUUCAUAUUUCCCAAUGCUUCUGAAGCAAUUUCAACUAGAAUAACCUAAAUUUAAGUUUUUUCUCUGAAAAAUUGACGAGAAAUCCAUAAUAUUCAUUUUCAUUAAAAUAAUGGCGCUAUUGGAGUUUCCUUCUUCAAAUCCAAAAGAGCAAAAUUUCGAUUUCCGACGCCUUGUAUUAUCAUUUUUUUUGCCGUUCCCCACUCAACUCCUCUUUGAGCUCAACCACCGCUUUUUAUUCCUUCUCGUUACUCAUUAUUCUGAUUCAUAAAUUACCAUCUUAUAACUAAAUUUGGACAUUCUCAUGGAAAUAACGAGAUUCGCCGAGAGAUGAGGGCAACGCGAUGCUGUCAGGAAAUUCGAGAGCAAAAGAGGGGGCGGAUUUUCUCAAAUUUCGACUCGUUUUCUCUCAUAUUUGUAGUUUUCCUAUCCUUGUUUCUUUUUUCCUUUAUUUCUUGGAGAAAUUGGAGUUUUUUUCGCCUAAACUUCUGACUGGGUUUUGAGUUUGAAAACUUUUAAAUUUGAGAGCACUAGAUUAAGAUUUUAAAACCUUCGGAAAAAUCUUUGAGCCAUUUCAACCGCGACCAGAGGCUUGUAAGAUCAGAGGAAAGGAAAAAAAUCAAUAAUUAUUUCAGAGCUUUUAAGUACGGACUUUCAAGAAAACCAUUAACCGCAAGGUUAUUCUUCAAUUUUCGCUUUAAUCUUCAUCCUCUUUAAAUUUUAUUUUUAUUAAAUCUUUUUCCCUGGAUUUAUACUCAUCUAUUUUUAUUUGAAUAUUCUUAUCAAACUCACAUAUUUUCAUCUGAAUAUUCUACUCGAACCCCAGAAAAGGCCCAAUAUUGCAGCUCGAGUACCUGAGCGGCUUCGGAAAUGAGUUUGCGACGGCGGACAAACGAGUUCCUGACGCGCUUCCCGUUGGUCAGAACUCGCCUCAGGUUUUUUUUUUCGAUUUUAUACUAUUUUGAGGAAUAUUUGAGAUCUUCUGGGAAAAUUAUUUUUUGAAGUGCCGCUUUUGUAACGCAACCAAAAAGGACUGAGAAGUCAAAAAAAUGGCCUUUGAUUUUGGGAUUUGUACUAUAAACGCAAAGUUUUUUUUGAUGAGCAGAUUUGUGAAUAAAUUGCAACUGUUGGACGAAAAAUAUUAUCAAAGUAAAGAUGUAAAAAAAUUUGAACAAUCAGUACUUUUUCCAUUUAAAAACGCUCUACAGAAAAGUAUUCGAACUUUUUUGUCGUCGUUUAUUUUUACUACUAGAGGGGUAAAAUUACUGCCUUUUUUUUGCGUCAGUUCACCUAAAAAAUAAAAAAUUGAUUUUUGCGUUCUUUUCUCAAGAGAGAGUUCGAGGGAGUAAAUAAAGAAUAGUUGACAUGAACUGUAGUACCCUUUUUUAGUCUUAUCAAACGGGAAAUAGAUUCCAAGGUUGAAAGUUCCAUCUUUUCAGUUUAGCUGGUUAGAAAAUGUUUCUUCGACACAAGAUGUUUGCCUAAUUAUCUGUUUUGUUGUUCCAUCUAUGUUGAAAAAGAAAAAAAAGUUUAUUUUGUCGGUCUGUUUCGAAAAAAAAAAAUCAAAUUCUCAAAUGAUUCGAACAUUUUCAGUUGAAAUUUCAAAUUCACGCGGAGAGAUUACCGUAAAAGUACACAUAUUGCGAUGUAUCGUUGUAGGACCCAUUCAUUCUUGACGGCUCUUGACGGUAUUUCAAUUUUGCCUAUUUCGCAUAAUUGUUUUGAACGAAUUUUUUUUUUUUGAAAUGGCCUUAGUUUUCAGACGAUCAAAGACUACCUGAAAUUAAACAUAAAUCCAUUUUUCUGGUUCAAUUUAUUUCGAAGAAGAGAAAGAAGAUUUUGUCCGGUCUAUUCUCAAGAGAGAAUUGGAGGGAAUAAAUAAGGAAUGUUGACAGGUGUGCCCUAACGGACUCUACGCCGAGCAGCUAAGUGGCACCGCCUUCACCGCGCCGCGACUCACCAACAAACGCAGGUUUUCUUCUAUUUUUUUGGAAGCUUUCUUUGAAUUACUUCUGAUUGUAAGAACACUAUACGCUCAAGAAACGGAAAAAUCGCCUCUUUUCGAUUUAUUUUCCGAGUUUUUCAGAGAGAUUUGAAUUUUAGGUGUUUUUAUUUGAUGAAUUUGAAAAUCUGUGGUUGCAUUUGGAAUGGUUUGCAGUUUUGAAAAGCUCCAGAAAAUGAAUUUUCGAGCGUGUCUAGCCUAGUAAGAGCAUUAUGCGCGACGUCCAUUCCAAGUGCGACCAAGCAAAAGUCACAGAAACUCAGUUCCAAAACCUAAUUCGAACAAUUUUUUCCAAAAAUUGAGCGAUUCUUCCUAGUUUUUUGCUCGUAGAAAGCUCAAAACUACAUUUUUUUUUUCUCUUUAUUAUCGAAUUUCAACUCAAAAAAGCACCUGGCCAAAGCGAGAAAUAUGCAUUUCUUGAGAGGUCUCUUAUAUAUUUGCCCAUUAGACCGACUAAAACCGAAAAUUGGACCCAAUUCAGUCGAAAGAGUGCAGAAAUUCGAGAAAACAAGAGAAUAAUAAUCUAAUUUCGCUAAUUUUUGAAGUUAAAAAAGUUUUAUAUAGUGAAUCGAAGCCUCACUAUCUCGUUCUGUGUUUUAUUUUUACAUUUUUCUUCCAAAUUCUUACUAGGGAAUGUUUUUUAGCCGCCGACUGGAAUUUUGAUGAAACUCGGCUGAUAUGCUCUAUGGAAUCUCCUUAUACCAAAACAACGAAAAAAUUCUCGCAAUAGACCUUGUUUCCGAAUUAUGAAACUUCAAAGUUUAGGAAAUACGCAAAUUAUGAGAAAAAAGCUGUUUCAAGCUUUUGAAGCUUCUCAACUCGGAAUCAAGAUAUAUUGCGAGAACAUAACUUUUUUGUUCUGCAUACAGAAGGUCCUAAAGUACACUUCAGCCAAGUUUCAUCAAAAAGAUCAUCCGGGGCUGGAAAUAAGUUCCCUAGUUAGUAAUUCGCUCAUGGGAUCGAUGUUCGAAAUGAAUUUUUCUAUUUUUUUACAUAUUUUUUUAUUCUUGAUUUAUAGCUGGUUCUACCGAAUCCGCCCGUCCGUUGUUCAUCGUCCUUUUAAGAAGUUUGAGAAGAAAAAGUGAGUUUUUCUGGUUCAUUUUUAGUUUUUCAAAACUCUUCUCCAAGCAGUUUCGGGCUCUAAAAAAGUAGGAAAAAUUUCUCUAUGUCAUGGAAAAUUGAUUUAUUUUAUUAUUUUUUCUUUCAGUUGGACCAAUGAUUUCGCUGGAAUCGAGCCAAAUCCCAAUCAAUACCGUUGGAAUCCGUUCCCACUGCCAGAAACUGGCGGCGUCGACUUUGUUGAGGUUUUUUUUAAUUCUAGGACGGUUUUUAAAGCUUACAUUCACAUCUGCAUAGUCAAAAUCGUUCAAAAAAUGUUAAAACUUUUUCUUUUGAGCCAACUUUGCUCCACGGCUAAUUAUCGAAAAUUUAUCUUUUCAUUGAUCUCGGUAAGGCGAAUGAAUCAAGUGAUCACUAGAAAUUAUCAAAACGCCCGGUCUGCGUUAGCGAGGUCCAGAUGAUUAAAAAACAGUUUUUCAACGAAAAUCCAAUCACUUAAGGGCCUUUAUACUGUCUGUGGCGGCGGUGACGUCAUCUCCCGGAACGGAAUUUCGAUCCACGUUUAUUCGUGCAACGAAAGCAUGCAGAACAAGGCGAUGUACAACGGGGACGGCGAUUUUUUGAUCGGUGAAUUUUUUGAAGAAUCUGAGAAUUCCGAGGAAGCAUGAAAUAACGCGAAGAACGACUUUUCGCUUCGACAAGUUUGUCGAGUUUAUUCAUGCUCCUUUGAAUUAUUUAUCAAUUAUUUUGUCCAUAAUCCUUCAAACUUCCCCUUGAUCAUUUUUUUGAUAAUUUUAUUUCUAAAUAUUCCUUUUGCAGUACCCCAACAAGGUGAGUUGGAAAUCACGACGGAGUUUGGAAGGAUCCUCGUUGGAAUCCAGGAAAUCGUCGUCAUUCCCCAAGGUUUUUAUUAUUUCAUUUUGUAGUUCUGAUGAAAAAUCCCUUCAAAGUGGAAGCUACUGGAUCAAAUGCUAGAUAAUUUGGAAAAUGAACCAUUUUUAAAAAUGAGGGCCGCAUUUGCAAUGACUCGACGCGUUGCUGUUUCAGAAUUUCAAUGUUUUUUCAAGUUAUUAGAAAAAAAUUAAUCGGGUCAUGUGAAGUUUUUUCCUAAAAUAAAGGAAAGUUUCAACUUUUUUGAUGAUCUGGAGCAAUAGUCAUACCCCGUGCGACCAAAGACAUUACUUUUUAAUUAAUAUGAGAGUAUUCAUGAAAUUGAAGGAGUCCGUUUCUCGGUCGGUGUUCGGGGCGUCUCUCGUGGCUACGUUCUGGAAGUUUUCGGAACCCAUUUCGUUUUGCCCGAUUUGGGACCGAUUGGUUGGUUUCUAAGAGUGUUCAAUACAACUCUGGCACGAUUAAAACUCAAAUUUAUUCGAGAAAGAAAGAAAAACGAUUGAAAUUACUUCAAAUGCUUUCUAAAGAAGUUAAAAAUUGAAAGAGAAUUGUCUGAAGUAGCUUAUUUUCUUGUUUUUACAAUCAAAUUUGGAAAAAGGUUCUGUACUUUGUGAAAUGCGAAAACUUUUUUCCUACUAGAGAGAGUGUUGAGAAGAGAAAGAGCGGGAGAGAUCUCCAGAGGCCUGUAGAGACGUCAGAGAAGUUGAAAAUUUCUUUUUCUGGCGUCUCUUCACGCUGAUGUAGAUCUCUUGCUUCUUCUCACUUAUCCAAAUGGAAGAGUCAGUUAUCUGAGACUCUUAUAGACAGCAGAGAAAUCAGAGAAACCCAUUCUCUUACGUCUCUUACGGCCGUCGUUGAUCUCUAGAAAACCCCUCAAAAUCGCAAUUUUUCCAGGAGCCAACGGUCUAGCGAAUGCUCGUGACUUCCAAACUCCUGUCGCCUGGUUCGAAGACCUCGAUGUACCUUUUGCCAUCAUCAACAAAUAUCAAGGAUCCUGGUUCCAGGCCGAACAGGUAUUACUUUUAUUUGACCUAUUUAUUCACUUCUGCCGAAAUUUGGUGGGCUGCGCUACUUUCUGAAAUUCAGCUAUAUAUGGUGCCUGAGUUGAAAAUUUUCAACAGCAGUGCUAAGAGAAUUGAGCUUUUUUCUAAACUUUCUCUUCAAAAAAAUGCUCUAAAUUAAAAAAAUUAUCAUUAGAUCACUCAUCGUUAACUGAAAAAUGUCACUUUUUUUCAUCUAUCGUUUCUAUCUUUCGAGCAGAUAUUCUCUUCAAACAGAGCUCAGUCAGAGAUGGCUUCAGACUUGAAAUAGUUUUAUAGCAAUGUCUGGUUUCGAUAAUAAAUCAGUAUUUGUAACAAAAAUCUCUUAUUUAUUCAUUUAUUGAAUCUUUGAGUAAUAUUUUCUUCAUUGAUUCGCCUCAAAUCUUGAAGUAAGCGAGUAUGGCGAGCGAAUCCCAUAAUUUGUUAUUUUUAUGAAGCCACUUUAACUUUCUUGUUGAAUUUUAUGAACUCUAUCACUUCCUUCUUUUUUCAAGUAUCUUCCAUGCCUUCAAUUAUCACCAGAGCACACUGAUGAUAACCAAAAAGGGUGGUAACCAGUGUGUUCUGGUGAUAACUGAAGGAAUCAAUCCUCAAAAAAUGGCUUUUUUUGCAGGAUCACUCACCGUUUGACGUGGUUGGUUGGCACGGCAACUACGUUCCGUUCAAGUACGACCUCCGCCGUUUCCAAGUCAUCAACACCGUUUCUUUCGAUCACUGCGUUGGUUUCCCUUUUUUCCUUUCGAAGUUCACUUUUUUCUGUGUUACAAUAGAAGAUUUUCAUAAGACUAAGCUCAAAAAAGGGGAUAAAUUAUUUUGGCAAUAGGGUUUACUCCAAUAAAUGGUAUCGACACUCCAUGCCCCUUUAAUAAGGAUUUCCAGGACCCGUCGAUCUUCACGGUUCUGACGGCGCCAUCACUGAAACCGGGAACGGCCGUGGCGGAUUUCGUCAUCUUCCCGCCUCGCUGGGGCUGCGCCGACCACACCUUCAGACCUCCUUACUAUCAUCGUGAGCCUGCUUAUUUGCAACCGGCUUCAUUUGGUUUUUGCUGUACUUUGAUGAUUGUUAAAAAAUCUAGAUGGUAGAAGGUUUGGUUGAGAAGUUUCUCAUAAUUAUAUGCGAAAGUGAGACUCGAUGGUUUUGAAACUGCGGCCGACUCUUAGUGGUUUGCGCUUUCUUCUAUAGAGAUUUUAGCGGUUAGAACUUCCAAAAAACGAUUUAAAUAAUAGGAAUUGAUGAUUACCCGUGUCGGACCUAUUCUGAGUUUCGCAUUCCUAUAUUUUCUAGAGAUCAUUGAGGUCAAAUGGGAACAAUGCGAAAAAAAAGGCACAAAAACCGUAAGCAAUAGAUUUAGCGACCUGAAGAAACUUCAGAGAAACAAAGACACUCUAAUUGUCUCUCGUCUCUUCUUGCUUCGGUUAGUCUUUCGCUCCCACAUUCUCAAAGUUGUUUUUUUAGUGAAAAGACUUGAAAAUUUCGUAAAGACUAAUCAUUGAAUGUAAGAGAGCAAGAUGUCCGAAAAAGACUCAAAAAAACUUUUUUUCAAAAAAAUUUUUCCCGUAAAAAAAUCCUUUUCUAUCAAUAUUAAUCUGUCCCCUUCAAAAUAACAAAACUGCAAGUUUCUCUUAAGCCCACAAAUUGCACGUUUUGUCAUAGGAAAUUGAUAGGUGCCUUAUUUUUCAAGUGAAGACUUGUUAUUCUGUUCGUAUAUUCGAGAUUUUUCUAGGAAACUGCAUGUCGGAAUACAUGGGCUUGAUUACCGGCGUCUAUGAGGCGAAGGAAGGUGGAUUCAAGCCUGGCGGUUCGUUUCUUUGUUUUUUCCAAGUUCUAAUGUAUGAGCUGGAUUGUUACUUUGAUCACGUAUAGAUUUUGUGGCGUGCAGGGGGAGCAGGAAUGUUUCACUUUACUCGAAAACGUCUCUUUUAAGUCGAGUUUAGGAUAGCCAUGAAACUACUUAGUUUAUGAACAAGGAAAAAGUGUAUAGGAUAUUUUUUGCAACCAGUAUGAAGACGGUCAGCAAUAAAACAAGAAAAAAAGUUUCCAGGCGGUUCCUUGCACCCAAUGAUGACGCCGCACGGACCCGACUUUGCUUGCUUCGAAAAAUGCUCUCAAGAAUCGCUUCAACCCGUCCGCGUUGCCGAGAACACCAUGGUAAGCCGCAUUCGGAAUGAUUCAAUGUGUUGCGGUUGCGGUGCGGCUUUUUAUAACACCCUGUUAUGUCACAGAGCACUUCGUUUUUAGUCGGAUACCCGUAAUAUACAGAAAAAAUAGCAUUUUUCUGAUUUUGUUUUUUUUUCAUGCUACCUAGCUUUCAAGAACUCGUUGAAUAAGUUCAUUUUUCUGCGAGAUCGUAGUCAGUCGCAGAGAUGGAGAUCUAGAGUCGUUUUGAGUCGGGCGCACUCUCAAAAGCGCUUCAAAAUACUUCUGAUUGAACCGUUUCUAAACCUUUUUCGGGAUACCUUUGUUUUUGUAGAAAAUUGAAUUUUUCCAGUCAUUCAUGUUCGAAAGCUCGCUGAACAUGGUUAUUACUCCUUGGGCGAUCCACGAACACGUCGACACCGGAUAUUACAAGGAUUGGCUGUCCCUCAAGAAGCACUUCAAGUUGCCGAGUGAGAGAAAAGUAUUCAAAAAAUCGUAAAAGCAAUUUUCGAACAAUUGUUUUUGAUUCGACGCCAGAAACUAGUGGGAUCACUCUCAAUGCAAUCGGCGCAUAUUCUUCCAAAAUUUAAAAAAAACGCUUUUUUUUACCCUGAAAGCAAGAUGUAAAUGCGAGAUAAAACCUGGCGCAAAAGUAGGCGUGGCCUUGAAGCAAGCCGUGCAUCUAAUAUUUUUCAUCUAAUAUUUUUCAGACCAGCAGAAAAAGUAA